AUGAGAGAUCAGGUGAAACCGGGCCAGUUAACAGGUCAGGUGAAACCAGGUCACGUUCGAAGCCAGGUCAAAGGGAAGCCCAGGUCACGUUCCAAGCCAGGUCAGAGAGCAUACCAGGUCAGACAAAGCCAGGUCAAAGGCCAACCCAGGUCACGUUCCAAGCCAGGUCAUAGGGCAAACCAGGUCGCGGUCGAAGCCAGGUCACGUUCCAAGCCAGGUCACGUUCGAAGCCAGGUCAUAGGUGUCGGAAACCGAAGUGACACCAGCUUUGGGAACCGGAGCUUAUAUGACACUAGUGUCGGCACGCGGAGUGACACCAACGAGAGUGUCGGAAACCGGAGUGACGCCAAUGACAGUGUCGGGAAUAGGAGUCUGUAUGACGCCAAUGACAGUGUCGGGAAUAGGAGUCUGUAUGACACCAAUGACAGUGUCGGAAACCGGAGUCUGUAUGACGCCAAUGACAGUGUCGGAAACCGGAGUGACGCCAAUGACAGUGUCGGAAACAGGAGUCUGUAUGACGCGAAUGACAGUGUCGGAAACCGUAGCCUCUGUGACACCAACGACAGCACGGCGGUGGCAGUUGACAGCAGUGUCUGUUCCCUCAGUGACAGUUCUCAAAGCACUCUUGGUCGAAGCAGUAGUACCGGUUCUUUACGUACUCAGGACGAUUCGGAAUAUCCAAUCGUCGGUGUUUCGAAGCGAUUCGGUGGUGCGGAUAAGGAAUUCGGGAGAUUCGGUGGUGCGGAUAAGGAAUUCGGGAGAUUCGGUGGUGCGGAUAAGGAAUUCGGGAGAUUCGGUAGUGCGAAUAAAGAUUUUGGUAAAUACGACAGUGCGAAUAAAGAUUUUGGGAAAUUCGACAGUGCGAAUAAAGAUUUUGGUAAAUACGACAGUGCGAAUAAAGAUUUUGGUAAAUACGACAGUGCGAAUAACGAAUUUAGGGAAUACGACGACAGUGCGGAUAGGAGAUUGGAAGGAUUGGAAAUCGAGCUCAGAAAAUACGGUGCGGACUCGACGGUGUUCGACGGACCGCCGAAAUACGACGGACUGAACGCGGAUUCGAGAGUGUUCGACGGUGCGGAUAAGGAUUCGACCAAGCAAGGUUGUGCGGAUAGUCCCAAAUGGGGAUUCGAAGCCCCGGACUUUGAUCCGAAGCAACUCAGUGAUUCGGAUACCGGAUUCGGUGCUACGGAGAUUGAUUCGAGAAGAUUCGGUGCUCCGGUUAGUGAUUCGAGAAAAUUCGGUGCUCCGGAGAGUGAUUCGAGAAAAUUCGGUGCUCCGGAGAGUGAUUCGAGAAGAUUCGGUGCUCCAGAGAGUGAUUCGAGAAGAUUCGGUGCUCCGGUCAGUGAUUCGAGAAGAUUCGAAACGGACUCGAGGACUUUCGAAACGUCGGGGAGAGAUUCGAAGCGAUUCGGAGCUUCGGAAACCGGUUCGGGAAGGUACGAAGCGCCGGAAAAACCUCGGAGAUUCGAAUCCUUAGAAACCGCUCCGAGAAGAUCCGAACCACCGGAAAAACCUUCCCGAAGAUUCGACUCUCUCGAAACCACCGCCCGAAGACCCGAACAGAUAGAAACCGCUCUAGAAACCACCUCCAGAAAACACGGAACUUUAGAAACCACUUCUAGAAAACACGAAACCUUAGAAACCACUCCUAGAAAACACGAAACCAUAGAAACCGCCUCCAGGAAUCUCGAAGCCUCAGAACACGCCUCCCGAAGCUUCGAAACUCUAGAAACCGCCUCCCGAAGCUUCGAAACCCUAGAAACCGCCUCCAGCAACUUCGAAACCGCUUCGGAAGUCGCGUUUUCGAACCAGGGCGAAACCACGACCCUCGAGGACGUCCUCGAUUCUCUUCUCGCUCUCCCUUCGGCCUCGAGGUCACCGAGUCCCGUUCCUUGCAACAAGUUCUUUGCAACAGAUUCUUCGCAACAGGUUAUUUGCAACAGAAUAUUUGCAAACAAGUUCUUCGCAACAGGUUAUUUGCAACAUAAUCUUUUCAACAAGUUAUUUGCGACAGGAUCUCCGCAACAGGUUCUUUGCAACAUGAUGUUUGCAACAGAUUCUUUGCAACAGGAUAUUUGCAACAAGUUCUUUGCAACAGGAACUUUGCAGUAG